UGCGGCCAGGCUACGGGCGGCAGGCGCCGCGGUCGGGCGGGCUGCCGUGCAGUAUGGAGGAGCUGAGCAGCGUGGGCGAGCAGGUCUUCGCCGCCGAGUGCAUCCUGAGCAAGCGGCUCCGCAAGGGCAAGCUGGAGUACCUGGUCAAGUGGCGUGGCUGGUCCUCCAAACAUAACAGCUGGGAGCCGGAGGAGAACAUCCUGGACCCGAGGCUGCUCCUGGCCUUCCAGAAGAAGGAACAUGAGAAGGAAGUGCAGAACCGGAAGAGAGGCAAGAGGCCGAGAGGCCGGCCAAGGAAGCUCACUGCCAUGUCCUCCUGCAGCCGGCGCUCCAAGCUCAAGGAACCCGAUGCUCCCUCUAAAUCCAAGUCCAGCAGUUCUUCCUCUUCCUCUACGUCGUCGUCCUCUUCCUCGGAUGAAGAGGAUGACAGUGAUUUAGAUGCCAAGAGGGGUCCCCGGGGCCGCGACACCCACCCAGUGCCUCAGAAGAAGGCCCAGAUCCUGGUGGCCAAACCCGAGCUGAAGGAUCCCAUCCGGAAGAAGCGGGGACGAAAGCCCCUGCCCCCAGAGCAGAAGGCAACCCGAAGACCCGUGAGCCUGGCCAAGGUGCUGAAGACCGCCCGGAAGGAUCUGGGGGCCCCAGCCAGCAAGCUACCCCCUCCACUCAGCGCCCCCGUGGCAGGCCUGGCAGCUCUGAAGGCCCAUGCCAAGGAGGCCUGCGGCAGCCCCGGUGCCAUGGCCACCCCAGAGAACCUGGCCAGCCUGAUGAAGGGCAUGGCCAGUAGCCCCGGCCGGGGUGGCAUCAGUUGGCAGAGCUCCAUCGUGCAUUACAUGAACCGCAUGGCCCAAAGCCAGGCUGCCAGCAGGUUGGCACCGAAGGCCCAGGGCACCAACAAGUGCGGCCUUGGGCUGGACCUGAAGGUGAGGACGCAGAAAGGGGAGCUGGGAAUGAGCCCUCCAGGAAGCAAAAUCCCGAAGGCCCCCAGCAGCGGGGCUGUGGAGCAGAAAGUAGGGAGCACAGGGGCCCCCCCACACACCCAUGGUACCAGCAGGGUACCUGCUGGGUGCCCAGGCCCUCAGUCAGCACCCACCCAGGAGCUGAGCCUCCAGGUAUUGGACUUGCAAAGUGUCAAGAAUGGCAUGCCUGGGGUGGGUCUGCUCGCCCGCCAUGCCACUGCCACCAAGGGUGUCCCAGCCACCAACCCAGUCCCUGGGAAGGGCACUGGGAGUGGCCUCAUUGGGGGCAGCGGGGCCGCCAUGCCCACCGACACAAGCAAAAGUGAGAAGCUGGCCUCCAGAGCAGUGGCACCGCCCACGCCUGCCAGCAAGAGGGACUAUGUCAAGGGCAGUGCUACCCCCAGUGGGCAGGAGAGCCGCACAGCCCCUGGAGAAGCUCGCAAGGCAGCCACACUGCCAGAGAUGAGCGCAGGCGAGGAGAGCAGCAGCUCGGACUCUGACCCGGACUCUGCCUCACCUCCCAGCACUGGUCAGAACCCGUCAGUGUCCGUUCAGACCAGCCAGGACUGGAAGCCCACCCGCAGCCUCAUCGAGCAUGUCUUUGUCACUGACGUCACUGCCAACCUCAUCACCGUCACAGUGAAGGAGUCUCCCACCAGCGUGGGCUUCUUCAGCCUGAGGCAUUACUGAAUCCCCUGCGCCACCAGCUGCCUGCUCCUACUCCCCUUCGCUGCCUGUGGUUUUGCUUGGCUAACUGAUUCCCAGCCCAAGCCCCCUCAAGAGUCUGGGUCAGGGGAGGAGGAGCGGGUGGUCUCCUUGAUGGGCAGACUUGGAAGGGGCUUCUCCCUGCAUCCUGCCCUGUCCUGCGAGGUAGGCCAGGGGGUCUCACUACCUUGUUGGUCUCCACCGUGUUCCUACCUCUGCAGGCCUCUUCGCUUUCCUCUCUUGCCUCAGGAAAUGCAGUGGCACCUGUAGCUCAAGGUGACUGUCUUGAACAGAGCAGGCUUCUUCAUGGCUGCAUUUGAACUGCUCCUCAUGGCCUGUGUGACUGAAUCACUGCUUUGCUCCCUGCCUCGCAGGGGCUGAGGUGUCAGCUGGGGACGUCUGGUGUAUCUCGCUUUCAGCCCUGGGGUGGGCAGAGAGUAUUGUGGGGAGGCAAGGCCAGUGGGACUAGUGUUCCCUCCACCUGGUGGCAGCUUUUGGGAGAUGGGAUGAGCAGGGGCGGGCGUGGCUGGCAUUGCCUGAGCCUGCAGUGGUGGGGUGGGGAGCUUGCCCCUGACAGCUGGGGGCUGGCUGGGGCCUUACUGUGAAAGGACAGUGGCAGGCAGCUAGAGUAGAGCAAGCCUAGGAGCCCUAAAAGGCUGGCUUUGUGGCCAUCUAGCCCCAAUUCAGGGUGGCAUCCACAGCCCCCAAACAGCCUGCGAGCCAGCAUGGGUGGGGAGAGGGUGGUCCCACAGCUAGGUUCCACCUGAAGAGCCUCCACGCCUCGGAGCAGGAGAGGCAGGCUGUGGCUGCUGCCCUCCUUCCUGCCCGUGUCCCAAUGAGAAGUGACCUGAGUCCCCUUCCACACCCAGACCCACCCCCUGCCCCAGGCCCACUGAAGCAUGUUCCAUUUCUAGAAAGCCCAGAGUUCAGUGUCCCAAGGAAAACCCAAAGUGGAGGUGCUCAGGUCCAGGGGAGUCCCGUGGGCAGGACCCUUGGCAAGCAAGCCCCUCCCUCCACUCCCAGGAUCUACCUUUUGCUAAUAAAGGACUGGCUUUGUCCUCAUGGCCCACAGACUGCCCCGGAGGACAGGAGUGCUGGCACUUGUGAGUCGAUGGGCCCAUCUGUCGGCUCUGCCCGUGCUGCAGGUGUGUGCUGUGGGUCCUGCCCACAACUCCCUGCUGCCUGUGCAGGGCCCUGCUCAAGUGGAUGAGGCGUUCCUUCAGGAAUAUCACUUUCCCUGACAAUCCCCCGCACCUUUAGGCGUUCCCUGCUUGGCUCCUUUCCAGCUGAAAAAUUCUACCUCUACCAUUUGGGAAGCUGGACAAAUUCUAGGGGACCCACCUGGUAGAGGGCCCUGGGAAGCUGAAUCUGUCAGCCUUGGCCCUGAGGCCCCUGUUAACUCAAGAUUGUGAGCUACAUUGUAUGGUUUCUGACCAAUAUCAGGAUUUCUGUUCUGAGAGCAGCUUGGGCAGAAAGGGCAGCCCAGAGGUGGCAGCGGCAGGCAAUCUGGUCACUGGGUCUUUGUGAUGCCAAAAACAAAAGAGGGUGGGGUGGUCACUUUCUGUUCGUCUGAUUGGAUGGAGUCAGCCAGCAAGCGUGGGGCUCUAUUCCAGUGCCUGACUGUAGGAAAGGCUGCCCUUCCAUGGAGCAGCCCAGACUUCGAGAAUGGGCUCUGUUUUCCGGGGGACAGGCCUACCAGACUGCAAGACCCCCCAGUACCUCACCGUGCCAAAUAGGAAGAGGUGGCCUUGGUGUAGCCAAAUUGAUCUUAACAGUGUGCCUUUGGGGAGGGACCCAUGUCCAUGGCUUCGUUGAAGGCCAGCCCACAGUGGGGGUGGUGGCUGCCACAGGAAUGGUGCCCGCCUCGGUGAAUUGAAGGGCUGGGGUCCCACAUAGCUAGGCCAGGGCUGGAAGCAGACAGUAAGGAAGAGCUGCUCCCCACAGGAGAGGGAGAGAUUCCAGCUCACUGCGCAGCCUGGGAGGAGGCGUGGAUCCUGGCAUGCUGGGCCUCAGGCAUCAGCUUCCUUGUGCCCAGACAGCCAAGCCUGUGACUCCUUCCUGCGGAGCGCUGUGCUACCUUCAACGCUCCAAAGCCAGACUAACAGCUCUCCAAGCCCUUAGGGUGACUCUGUCCUUCCAGGAGCUGUUGGAGAAAUGAUCUGUCCCUGGCUGCCUGUCCUCCCCAGCAGCCGGGUCUCUCCAGACCCUGAUUUGGUGCCUUUCUGCUUACCAGCUACUUCAAUCCCAAAGUUUGAAUCUGCAGAUACCUUACUCCCAGCCACUUUGCCUUCUUACUGUGUCGUGUGUUUUUCCUGGUGCUUCAAGAGCGUGUGCACGUGUGCAGGGCAAGGGCCACCACUGGGAACUGCACCGAAUGCUCAGACUUGGUUGUCUUACGUUUACCAAUAAAUAAAAGUAGACUUUCUAUUUUUAUUUGCUGCUA